AUGGUGCUGUGGGACACUUGCAGCAUCUCACUGCAUAAUUUCCUUGCCGUUGUAAUCUGGUUUUUUAAUUCCAGGGAAGGGAAAAGGCAUUUCAAUGAGAAGGGAGGAGGUGGGAGGAGAGUAAACCACUGGGGAAAUGCCCAGCGGCCUCCAUUCAGCCAUUGCAAGCAUUUUUGGUUUGGUUUGUCUUCAGUUGGCAGUCCAGUUCCUUUCCACACCAAAGAAUCCCCCAGCCGAAAGUCCUUCUCCAAAGGGCAGCAGUCAUCAGUGGGUUGCAUUAACCCUUUGGAUUCCACUAGCCCAAAAGUGAAACGAGGAAAAGAAAGAGAACUCUCAAAGUUGAAGCGUCCAACAGCACUGAAAAAGAUUAUUUUGAAAGAGAGAGAAGAAAAGAAAGGACGGUUGACCACAGACCACAGCCUUUUGGGAGGUGAUGAGGAGCAAGAGGUGCCACUGACUUCCAACCAGGCAGAAGAACUAACAUCUCAAGAAGAAACUGGUCUGAGUGUGCCGAGUGACACCUCCCUCUCUCCAGCAAGCCAGAAUUCUCCCUACUGCAUGACUCCCGUCUCCCAAGGUUCACCAGCAAGUUCAGGCAUAGGAAGCCCCAUGGCAUCGUCAACCAUAACCAAAAUCCACAGCAAGCGAUUCAGAGAGUAAGCUUUGCAUUCUGUAGGACUUAUUCAAAGAAAAUAGGUUGGCUUAAGGAGAAUGAAUUUAAAUUCUUAAUAGGGGAGGCAUUUCUGUUCCACCUAAAUAGAUUCUAGCUUUUGGAAGCAUCAGCUACCUGAGCUCAGACAAAGUUGCUUCUGGAAUUGCUUCUUUGGAUGUCUUUAGCCAGGCAUAUGUCUUGUUUUGUAAUAAGUUAUCCAGGUGCAGGUGACUUGUUUCCAACAAAUGAAAAGAUUUGGUAUUGGCUCAUCAAGUUAAGCAGAUUAAAAAGUAUUUGUAGGUGAAAGA